ACACGUGUGCGUGCUAGUGCGUUGCUUACACACCAAAUCGAUAUCUCUCGUUUUCUCUCUCUCUCUCUCUCUCUUUCUCACUCACUCACUCACUCAUUCACUCACUCACUCACUCACUCACUCACUCACUCACUCUCUCACUCCCACUCGGUAAAAAACAAAAAAAUUGCACAACACGUAAGACACGUCUUAUCAUCGAAGCGCCGCACGAUGAGUGAGAUUUCUCGAUAAUUUAAAGUGGGUGUCUUACCAAGUAAAUUCGUGCGUUUCUACUCUCGAUGGGAAAAGCCCGAGGAGACGGUGUUGUCGAAGAAGAAGCUGCCGACGAAGAUGCGGACCGCGGCUAUGAGGUUAGAGGAAAUGCCGCGUCUCGGUUCGUCCGAUGCUGAGCGUGACUUUGAAAUGGACGAGGAGACGGAUUAUUUGUUGCAACCGCCCGACGAUAGCAUUCAUCGCAUGAUGCAGGCAAAUUGCAAGAAUAACCGACAACGAAGAUUCUCCAAGUGCUCCGGCUACUUCUUCAAACACAUUCUGUGCGGAUGCUGUACAUGGAUAUGGCGAAGAUGUUGCAAAGAGAAGGAGCUCAGAGCAAGGACCAUUCAAAUCGGUCUAUCCAUGCACGAAAAGUUCCCUACAAAUGUUAUUCGAAACCAAAAAUACAGUAUAAUUACUUUUCUACCAAUGGUUCUAUUUCAACAAUUCAAAUUCUUUCUCAAUCUGUAUUUUCUACUGAUGGCCAUGUCACAGUUCAUACCAGACAUUAGGAUUGGAUAUUUGUACACAUAUUGGGGACCAUUGUGUUUUGUUUUGGCAGUGACAUUUUGUAGAGAAGCUGUGGAUGAUUUUAGAAGAUAUAAACGAGACAAAGAAGUUAAUAAUCAGAAAUAUUAUAGACUAGUCAAAGGUAUAAAUAUACCAGAGCUGGUACCAAGUUCUAAAUUGCGUGUUGGAGAUUUGGUGAUUGUAGAAAAAGGACAAAGAGUGCCUGCUGAUCUUGUUCUCCUAAGAACAACCGAGAAAUCCGGCGCCUGUUUUGUGCGAACUGAUCAGCUAGAUGGUGAAACCGAUUGGAAGUUACGUUUGGCUGUACCAACGACGCAAAAAUUAGAUUCAGAUUCUCAACUAUUUGACAUCAAAGCUAGUCUCUAUGUAGAGAAGCCUCAAAAAGACAUUCACAGUUUUAUUGGUACCUUCACAAGGUACGACGGAUACACUAGUGAAGAAAGUCUUGGAGUUGACAAUACACUAUGGGCAAACACGGCCGUAGCAUCUGGUUCGGCACUGGGUGUGGUAGUUUAUACCGGCCAAGAAACAAGGUCUUUGAUGAAUCACUCAGCACCAAGAUCUAAAGUCGGCUUACUCGAUAAAGAAAUUAAUCAAUUGACAAAGGUACUCUUCUGUGCAAUGAUUGGUUUGGCACUAGUGCUGAUGUGUCUGAAAGGCUUCAGUGGGCCAUGGUACCGCUACAUGUUUUGUUUCGUGUUGCUGUUUUCAUAUAUUAUUCCUAUCAGUCUUCGUGUGAAUCUUGACAUGGGCAAAACUUUCUAUGCAUGGUGCAUUCAAAAAGAUCAGAAUAUAGCCGGUACAGUUGUAAGAACUACGACUAUCCCUGAGGAAUUAGGUAGAAUAUCGUAUCUGUUGAGUGACAAAACUGGAACGUUGACACAGAAUAUCAUGGUAUUCAAAAAGCUUCAUCUGGGUACAAUAUCCUAUGGACAAGAUUCUUUCGAUGAAGUUUCGUCCGUGUUGAAAACAUUUUACACAGCCGAUACCGAUGCUUCGCCAGCGAGGUCAGCGACUGGUACGCAUACUGGAAAAGUAAGGAGGUCAGAAAAUACCAGAGUGUACGAAGCGGUUCAUGCUAUCGCUCUGUGUCACAAUGUCACGCCUGUCUAUGAUGAUGUUACGAAUAAGGAUGUCAAUAAUAAACUAGACACAGAUAGCGUGGAAACGGUUGAAACUAGCUCAGUUCAAAGCCAAGGAGAAGGAAGUAUAAAUCCCGAUCAAAUCACCUACCAAGCCUCAAGUCCUGACGAAGUCGCCUUAGUUAAGUGGACCGAAGAAGUCGGUUUGGCCUUGGUUAAAAGGGAUUUGAAUACAAUGCAACUUCGAGCUCCAAACGGCAAACACUUGGACUAUAAGAUCUUGCAAAUCUUUCCAUUUACCUCCGAGACUAAACGCAUGGGUGUUAUCGUUAAAGAUGAAACUACAAACGAAAUAACUUUCUACCUGAAAGGUGCAGAUGUCGUGAUGGCUGGUAUUGUUCAGUACAACGACUGGUUGGAAGAAGAAUGCGGAAACAUGGCAAGAGAAGGUUUUCGUACUCUGGUCGUUGCUAAAAAGCACCUAAGCGAAGAACAAUAUUUAGACUUCGAGGCGAAAUAUAACGCUGCAAGGAUGUGUGUCACCGAUCGUAAUUCCAGAGUUACUGCUGUUAUUGAAAGCCUUGAAAGAGAAAUGGAGUUAUUGUGCGUUACUGGGGUUGAAGAUAAGUUGCAAGAUAAAGUUAGAUCAACUUUGGAAUCUUUAAGGAAUGCAGGCAUCAAGAUAUGGAUGCUGACGGGAGACAAAUUAGAAACGGCGACUUGCAUAGCCAAAUCCUCACGUCUAGUAUCCCGUACGCAAGGCCUGCACGUCUUUAAGUCAGUAGUAACACGAACAGAUGCCCACUUAGAACUCAAUAUUUUCCGUAAGAAGCAAGACUGUGCUUUAGUUAUCAGUGGUGAUUCUUUAGAAGUUUGCCUACAGUACUAUGAAGAUGAGUUUCUCGAACUUGCGUGUGGAUCCCCAGCAGUAAUUUGUUGUCGUUGCUCACCUACGCAAAAGGCUGAAGUGGUUAGUCUGAUACAGAGGCAUACUGGCAAGAGAACUGCUGCUGUCGGAGAUGGUGGUAACGACGUGUCAAUGAUCCAAUCUGCUGAUGCUGGAAUUGGUAUCGAAGGUCUUGAGGGUAGACAAGCUUCUUUGGCUGCUGACUUUUCAAUUACGCAGUUUAGUCAUCUCGCCAAUUUGCUGCUUGUGCAUGGAAGGAGGAGUUACAAAAGAUCCGCUGCUCUCAGUCAAUUUGUUAUUCAUCGUGGAUUAAUUAUUUCAACGAUGCAAGCAGUCUUUUCUACAGUGUUCUACUUUUCAUCCGUACCGCUCUAUCAAGGUUUCUUGAUGGUCGGAUAUGGUACAUUAUAUACAAUGUUUCCCGUUUUUUCGCUUGUUUUGGAUAAAGAUGUGUCCGGAAAAAUCGCUCUUACUUUUCCCGAGCUUUACAAAGACUUGAGUAAAGGGCGUUCCUUAUCGUACAAAACGUUUUUCAUGUGGGUUCUUAUCAGCAUUUAUCAAGGUGGUGUUAUCAUGUAUGGAGCAUUGAUAAUGUUUGAAGAUGAAUUCAUUCACAUUGUUGCCAUUAGUUUUUCUGCUUUAGUACUAACAGAACUAAUAAUGGUCGCUCUAACGAUUAGAACAUGGCAUCAUCUUAUGGUCAUUGCUGAAGUUUUCUCGUUGGCCUUGUACAUGUUAUCAUUAGUUGUUUUAAAAGAUUAUUUCGAUGCGGAUUUCAUAAAAACUCCGGACUUUUUAUGGAAAGUAGUAGUUAUAACUUUGAUAUCUUGCAUGCCACUCUAUAUACUGAAGCUUUUGAGGAAAAAGUUUUCGCCGCCAAGUUACACAAAAUUAUCGUAGAAUUGGUCACAACUCGAGAAAAUUCAAUAAUCUGUUUGCCUUAAAUUUGAAAAUGAAAAAGUUUAUAAAUUGUGAAAAAACAAACAAUGCACAUAAAACUUUGACAUCUGUUUAAAAAAAGAAAAAAUUUGAUCAUGCUCAUAAAGUGGCAUUGACAACAGAUCUUGUAUUUGUUUGUGAUAAAAGAAAGUUAAACUGUUCAGUAUUUUAUGUAAUUAUUGAAAAUUUAUUUUUUGAUAAUUUGCCACUUUCGAACAGCUUCCAUCUUCUGCGCCGUAUAUAUUUUACUUUUUUGUAUCAGAUUUAAACAAAUAUUAAUGUUUAAUCAUUAUUUAUAUUACUUACGAGUAUAAGGAAAAUGAAGAGAAGUGAAUAUCAGCGUGUACAAAUGUCAGAGAAAACAGACUGUGAUGGCGUAAAAGUGAUGUUUUUGUGGUUUAUGUAAAAAACAUUGACAUGAUUCUUUUAAUGAGCAUAUUUUGUAUUUAAUAAUCACUCAUCUACCGAUAAAAUAUCUCUUUCCAAGUUAUAGUAAUUAUAUCAGUAACUGUAUAAGAAUGAAAAAAAAUACACUCAAAUGUUUCUCGUAAAUUGACUUACACUCGUCGCUCGAAUAAUACGAAGUUUUAUUAGCUAAGUAACAUUCAGCUAAUGUUGCGAUUUUUGAGAAGAAUUUGCAUUAACACCACUACCAAAGACAUUUCAACACCUAUUAAACAGCACACGUGCAUUUUAAAAAGGGGACAAUUUAUAAUUAUAACUGUAUAAAUUAUCGUGAUGAUUCCCUAAUACACUAACAAUAUAGUUUUUAUAAAAGAAACGAUUCUUUUGUAAACUUAAAUGGAAGCUAUAUAAAAUAGAUAUUGUAAUCAUGAAUGAAAACGUGAUGGAUUAUAUAACUCUCAAUAGACCUGUUUUGUUUAAUGUA